UUCAGUCACUUUUAGCUCACAUGUCAGGACAAACCAGCAGUAUCAUUUGUUUAUCGGAAAUGUUUUUCAAAAAGAGAGGUGGGAAGCCAAAUUCUGUACUUCAUUUUCUUUCUUUCUUUGUUUUCCUGAAUAGCUUGCAUUGUGUACAAUGUAAAAAGCUUUUGGUGCUACCCAUGGAUGGAAGCCAUUGGAUAAGCAUGAAACCAGUGGCUGAAGAGCUUGGACGAAAAGGACACCAUGUGGUUAUUGUUAUUCCUGAAGCUAAUCUGUUGUUAGGUUCACUCAGCCACUGUAAGACAAAGACUUACAGUGUGCCUUAUACAAAACAAGACGUUGAGGUGCUUUAUCGUAAAAAUAACAAUCUUAUCUUCAACAAAGAGCCCUUUUGGAAAAAAAUUGAGAGUUUUAUUAAUCGCGUUAAAACUAUAUCUGAUUUCAUAACAUUGAACUGUGAAAGUUUACUUUAUAGCAAAGAACUGCUUCAGUAUUUGAAAGAUGAAAAGUUUGAUGCCGUUUUCUCAGAUCCAUUGAUGCCUAGUGGUGCCAUAUUAGCAGAAUAUCUCUCUGUUCCUUCUGUCUUUAUAUCACGUGGAAUUCCAUGUGGCUUAGAUGUGACAGUUACUCAGUGCCCAAGUCCUCCAUCAUAUAUACCAAGAAUGUUUUCAAAAAACACAGACUUGAUGACAUUUUCACAAAGAGCACUUAAUUUCAUUGUAAGUUUGGCAGAACCAUUUAUUUGUGAUUUAAUAUUCCGCUCCUUUAAUAACAUUGCUUCUAAUUUUUUCGAAAGAAGCAUUACAUUUCAAGAACUGCUGAGUCAAGCAUCACUGUGGUUGAUGAGGUAUGACUUUACUUUUGAAUUCCCAAGACCUUUGAUGCCAAACAUGGUGUUAGUUGGAGGCAUCAACUGUGUUAAAAAGAACCCACUUCCACUGGAAUUAGAAAUAUUUGCGAAUAGCUCUGGGGAGCAUGGAUUUCUGGUCUUUACCCUGGGUUCCCUUGUUUCAGAAAUACCACAUGAACAACUCACCCAAAUUGUCGAAGCAUUCAGAAGGAUUCCUCAGAAGGUAUUUUGGCGCUAUUCAGGACCUAUGCCUCAAAACCUUUCUGAAAAUGUCAAAAUAAUGAACUGGCUGCCACAGAAUGAUCUUCUAGGUCAUCCCAAAGUUAAAGCCUUUAUAACUCAUGGAGGAAUCCAUGGAAUCUUUGAAGGAAUCUGCAGUGGGGUUCCUUUGAUAAUGAUGCCUCUCUUUGGGGACCAGCCAGACAAUGGUGUUCGUAUGUCACAUCGAGGAACUGGCAUUGUUAUUGACUUUUACUCACUGACAACUGAGAAAUUAUUAGAUGCAAUUGAUAAAAUUGUAAAUAUCAAAAGCUACAAAGAAAAUAUGGCAACACUAUCUAAAAUUCAUAAGGACCGUCCAAUAGAGCCUUUGGAUCUUGCUGUUCAUUGGAUAGAGUUUGUCAUGGAGCACAAAGGAGCAGAACACCUCAGACCAGCAGCUCACCAUUUGAACCGGAUUCAGUACCAAAGUCUAGAUAUACUUGUACCAGUGAUUUUUAUACCACUGCUGAUUACCAUAAUGGUUUUGAAAUGCUGCUUACAAUACAUUAGACAUCCAUAGGAAACAAAAUAUUUCUAAAGGAAUUAAAUGCAAGUCUAACCUACUUCUUUACAGUGAAACUGGACAUGUAAACACCCACAUGUGCAGCAUUACAAUGAAAAGAUAUAUGGUAUAAAAUGAAUGAUAACUUUUAAAUGUUUGUCUAAUAGCGCAUUUUGUUCUUUUGUGUGCAUUAAUACUGUAAUAACUAUGCUCCUCAUUUGAUGCUAUUGACAAUUAAUCUCAACAAAUCUUCAAACGUACGAGUCAAGACAUGAUCAGCAUAAAGACAGCUCAUUAUUUUUGAAUAUUUUGUUUUUACAUAAGCACAUAAAAGGUAGCUCACUUUGCAAAAGAAUGAUUUUGUUCAAGAUUCAUGUAAAGCUGUAAUGUAUUUCUAUCACCUCCUUUAAAAACAAGACUUCUUUAUUUGUGGAUUGCUGUAUUUGUGUUUGUUU